AUGCAUCGCAAUCGCUCCAUCGAGAUCAACAGAGAACGUAUUCUCAUUUUGGAGAGAUAUAAGGGUGGUCGGACAAGGGAUUACUACUUGGUAAACUUUUCCGAUGAGGAUCGGUUCGGCAAACCGGUGGAGAUCUUCCCACCAUUCCACCAUCCAGAAAUAUUCACCAGCAUCAUAAACUGUUGCGACGUCUUGAAAAUACAAGACAUUACCUUUGAGCCGAUCAUAAUCGCUCUUGGUUUCCACGGUCUCCACAAGCAACCCACUUUUGCAUUCGGGUAUGACCCUGUCAACAACGAUUACAAGGCUGUAAGGAUUGUGGUGUUUGUGGGAUUGACAAAUGAAGUCGGCGAGGUUAAGGUAUAUAGUCUGAAAGCUCAUUCUUGGAGAAGAGUAGAAGACAGAAGGCCUUGCAAGAAUUCGCUUCUUUCUUUUGAGAUGGCUUUCUCUAACGGUGCUUUGCAUUGGUUGGUUGAUGUGUGGGUUGAUGAACGGUACCGAAGGAGGGUUAUUGCAUUCGAUCUCACCACCGAGAAAUUCCAAGACCAUACGCCUCCAAUUGAAUCAGAUUCGAAUUAUAUUGGCACUUUGGAGGUUUUGGGAGGAUCGCUCUGUGUUUCCACGGAUGCACGACUCAUUCAUGAUGAGCCACGACAAGCUGACAUUUGGAUGAUCAAGGAGUAUGGGGUGACGAGUAGUUGGAGUUGGCUUUAUACUAUUUUUGCUCUCCUUUACCGUAAGUCUGUAGUGUUUUCGAAGGAUGGCGAAGAGGUUUUGAUACAGCACGGCACGGUGGUAAAUGAACCUGUUUGGUAUGGCAUAAAAAAGAAGACACGCAGGAAUGUUGAGCUUGAUAAGCAUAUUCCCACUGACUCGCUAUCUUGGAUAGUGACUGUUGUGGGAAGCCUCGUUCUGCUGGAUGGUGAUAGUGUGUGA